GACCCAUGCUUCGGCUGCUUUCGUUCGCCGCCCUUCUUUGUCUCUCACGGGCCUUCUUCCCCUCCGUCCAAGACGAAUGGCCGGAGCAGAAGCCGACGGAGGAGCCCGAGCCCCCGACAACUGACGAUGGGACAGACAAGGACCGUGACGUGAUCGAUUCCGUCAAGGACAUUGUCAUGGACACAGUCGAGGACAUCACGACUGCCAAGGACAUCGUCAGGGACACCGUCAAGGACAUCAUAGACCUACUUCUGGGCAGUGGUCGCUUGAGCGCGGACUCUCAGAGUGUGAAGGACCUUUUCAGGUACAUGUAUCUUCUGGACGGCCUCGCUCCAUCAGUCAAUCAAGACAGUGCGCCAGGCCAAGGUACACGCAAGAGGGGGUCGACUCAUGUGAAGAUUUCUUAUUGUCCGUGCGUGUGUGUGUUUCCGUUUCAUGCUUCUGCUUCGACAUGACAGUGUGCGCAGGUCUGUGCAGCAGUUGAAGAGCUGGAUGCCGCGCCAUACUUGUCCAUUUCUGCGUUUUUGUCCCUGGCUUUGUUUGUGCUGUCUGCAGGGGUCACUCCAUCUCUCGCGGGCUUGCGGCUGCUCGACCUCAAGAGGCCGCAGUCCGAGGGUAGCGCGAAGACGAUCAAGGACGGCACGACUGACCUGGUGAUUCCGGCUGAGAUGGGUCUGGACUUCACCUUCACGGCCGUUCCCGUCUCGAUAUGCGUCACGGCCGUCCAGUUCCUCCUAUUCGACGUACGCUGCGUCCAUCCACCCCACUCACAGACACACACACAUGGCCUCUGUGUGUGUUGCUUCGUUCAGGCCAAGGGCAAUUUCAUCGACUGGGACACGUACGACAACACGCACACGCACACACGCACACACACACACACACACACACACAUAUGCGCCUUCGUGCCUUUACUGCUCAGCCUUCGAGACCCUCCGUAUCUCGAGAGCGCCAGCCGGGGCACCAGGGGAGGACCAUUCACGGCCUUCGGCAACACCGAGCCGAGCGCUGGCCGGGAGGCGGAGGCUCUGUCAGCUCGUGAGGCCAUCGCCGGACCGGGCACAUUCACAUUGGCUGCCCUACCCUUUAACGGAGACAUCGAGGGAGACGACAUCGAAGUUACAUGUACGGAGGCUAACUCAGUGAGGCAAGUCCUGCCGCAAUUGUGCGCGUCUUUGCUUGCAGUUUCAGUGCCUCCCUCUCUUUAUCUGAAGCCGAAGUUCCUGGGCAGCGACGAGUGAUUGGCGGACACCGCAGCCACUUGUCUUUGCGUUGCACUUGCUGUGUGUGUGUGUUAGCGAGUGAGUGUGUCGGCGUGGAUUUGGUGGCCGUCUCGGGUGUCAGUCGGUGGUGCAGGAGGCAAUGACCUCGCGAGAGGUCCACCCGAUCGCUGCUCAUCGGCACAUUCGACACAAACCAAGAGAGAGACUUCAUGUGUGUGAUGACUGAGAGCGCAUGCACAAAGGUCGUUACCCCUUUUUCGUUCGUCUCACACUCUCUGUCCUCUUGUCGCCCGCAGGUAGGUAGGUAAGCGGCUGUCAUGCGAUGAUGCGAUGCGUGCUCCCGUGUUGGUUCAUGUGGAUGAGGUGAGUAUCCAGGUAGGUGGUUUGUGUGUCUGAGCUUGUCGUGUGUCCGUGUUUGUGUGUGUGUGUGGGUGGGUGGGUAGUAUGUAUGUAAUCGUCCGUGCUGUGCCGGGCUAAUUGUUGACAAACAGGUGGACGGAUUCUGAUUUGGUUUAGUUGUCGAUAGGUUGUCGACAGACCACAUUCAGCAUCAUGAGGCAGUUGCCAAGAUUCUCUUGGUUGGUGUGGAUCGUGUACGUUUGCCUUUUUGUGUGCCUUGCGCGUGGAAAGGUCGAUAUGGUUGAUGCAGUGCAUUCACGCAGAGGACGUACGUGUCAGUCAGUUAUGCGCACAGCGUUGCUGUCUUCAGCAAGAGACAGCUGCAGAGAAUGAAAGUGUCAAGUGUCCUGACUUGACUGUUGAGACAGUGUCACAC